AUGACGUACGACGACGCGAGUGCCUCAAUCAUCAUAGGCAGCAAUCGAGGCGAGGUUUUCCACGCCUUCUGGCUUAGCGCUAUCACAUGUCUCGCUCUCGCCAUGGGCUUUACAGCCAAAGCCAGCGAGCGUGGACGCCUCCGCUUCUCUCUUCUCUACUUAUCGAUAUGCGUGACCUUGGCCUACUCUGCGGUCUGGAUGGCCUCCUUGUCUCUCAUGGUAUCGCGAGAGGCCAAAAAUAUGCCGAGAAAGGGCAGUUGGGAUCUCUUGUCUGGUGUUGCGGGCGUUUUCGAGCAGUUAGCUCCACUUGUGUGUCAGCUUGCUGCCUUGGAAAAGGUCAUUACCCUCUACUAUUCCACGACCACCAACAUCAUCCGGCUUGCAUCGAUAUUCCUUCCCGUCGGCGUUUUGGUACUCGGCCGGGUCGCUCUGGUUAUCUACCUGAUGUGGUGGAACCUGGUGCCUGUCAAAGGGGAUCUGUCGCGGGGCGCCACAAUUUAUCUGGUCUCAUACGUGCUUCAGAUCGUUUACUGCGUCUCUGUCUCAACACUCCUGCUCAUCAAAGCACGGACGCACCUCGGACACGCGGCAAGGCAAUCUCCACUCCUCGGCCAAAGGCUCAAGGCUUUCACUGAAGGCGUCCUGAUGACUCUUCUCAUCCCCGUCAUUCCUCAAAUUCUGUGCGCCAUCAGUGUCGAGCAUUCCUUCGAGGACCAGAGCACCUCGGCGUAUCUCUUCAUUGCGAAUUACGCCAGCGCUUUCAACGUCUAUCUCAGCACUCUUUUUGCCGUCAUGAGCACAAGCUGGUCCACCAUUCGAAGCAAAGUCAGCAUUCCGCCUACGGACCAAGGGUCAUCUUUGGGUGAAGAAGCGCUAGCGAUAAUUGACAAAGAUGCCGAGCCGGUAGAUCGCAGACCAGAGAUAAAGGGAGUCGUUGUUCCUCAGCGAUCUGAGCACUACGGCCAAGUCAGCGAACCGGUCGAGGUGUUGCAGACAAGGGUGAUGGAUAGGCAGAGUCUCGCCGGUUCUCCAUUGGUGUCGAGGAAUUACCUCAGGUAGCUUGAAUGGAUGCAAUGAGAGUUGGUGGAAGGCAGGAUCAGGUGUGAAGGGAAUCCGUUUCCGACAUCUGCGCUUUUAAUUACAGCACCUUGAUCUCCGCAUAGGUGGCCUCCGUCGAACAAAGGCUCCUUGAAGCUCGUACAUGGUCUUUCUUCCUUCUGCCCAAGAUAAGCAUAGUACAAAUCGGGCAGCCGUGAUCAUGGUCGGGUCGAAUUACCUGGCAUCCACUCGCACCUCAUUUGCGAUGGUUCUGCACCGUGACCUCUAAGUGAUCGGUAGCCGUACUGUA